CAGCUACCGACCGAAUCCAUCUUGUUCCUUUAACCCAUGUCAAUUUUCUCUUCAUCUAUGGGCAGGAAGUGCAUUACGCAGACAUACCUACUCCGACGAGUUGGUCCUUCAAGCUUUGUUUCAUCUUCUAGGGUGAAAUUGUACACGCAUUUCCAUUCAACCUACAACACAGCAAGAAGUCACUCAUCGAGAAGGCGCAUUCGACUGUUCUCGGUUGACAACACCACCCUCAAAUGCGGAUUGUGUGCCAGAAAUUAGGCAGACAAACGAAACCACCGGCCAUUUUUACCAUACCUGACCUAUCUUCGUACUCGAGGACGUUGAUCGUUACUAUUGUUGAUGAUAUCCGGCGACUCAAGAAAGUCUUGUACCGUCGGACUUUUAUGAGGACUAUACCCUUCAAUGUAAAGUUCAACUACGGAAGUCGUUUGAUUUUGCCAGAAGGACUGGAGGAAAUGGAUAACAGACGGCCAUGUCGAGCAUUGUGAUGAUAGCGUAUAUCUUCCCGACACAUGCAUUAGCGUAUUCUGCACCGCCGCAUACGACGACAAAAUUCCUUCAAGCCGGGACAACACUCCUACUGUUACUAUCCUAGUAUCCGGUCGACUCGCACCAAUCCGAAAAUCAAUCAUCGACAUCCUUCCCAACCCAAGGUUCCUCUUCCACUUCGUCUUCUUCAUGACCAACUAUAACUGUGCGCGGAACGCUUUCGAUGUCGCCGUCGGAAUGGAAUUUCGAUAAUAUUCUGUUGCCAGAUUCAUUCGACGGAACUCAGUACACCGAAUAUCAUAUAUCCGCCACGGAGAAGUUAACGUAAAGGUGAGUAGGGUGACCCUGGCGGCUGUGUUAGCAACGAGGACAAGGACAUCUCGGAGAUCUCUGUAUGACUGGGACCGUUUGUUCUCUUCCCACCGUCGCGAUUGAGGAGCCAUGAUUGCUCUUUGGGAAUAUGUGAAGGAAGCUUUCCCUCCCGCACCCAAAUUCAAAGUCGAAGACAUACCAGACCAGACAGGCAAAGUUAUAAUCGUCACAGGUGGAAACAGUGGUCUUGGAUAUGAAACGGUCAAAGUUCUACUCAGCAAGAAUGCUAAAGUUUACAUGGCGAGCCGGUCAAAGGACAAGGCCGAUGCGGCCAUUCAAAAGCUAAAGGAAGAGACCGGGAAUGAGGCCUAUUUCUUAGAACUGGAUCUUGCUGACCUAGAUUCGGUGAAGAAGGCGACAGAUGAGUUCAACUCAAAGGAGGAAGAGCUUCAUGUGCUGUUCAAUAAUGCCGGUCUCAUGGUUCCUCCGAUUGACGACAUAACUGUUCAAGGAUACGACAUGCAAUUCGGAGUGAACGUUAUUGGCCAUUAUGUUCUCACAAAACGACUUCUUCCUCCCCUCUUCAAGGGCGCAGAAUCAUCAAGCGAUCAUAAAGCGCGGAUUGUCAAUACAUCAUCUUCUGCACAGUUAUUCGCGAACGACAUUGACUUUGAAACCAUCAAAGAUGGAGCUGCUCGACGUAAAGCUGGCGUUAAUACAACGUACUUGUACAGUAAGUUCGCCAACGUCGUUCUUGCACACGAACUCGCAAGGCGAUACGCUGAUAAGGGUAUCGUGUCGACAAGUUUGAAUCCUGGAAACCUCAGAACAGAUAUUGUGCGCACGACUCCUCCAAUCUUUCAGAAACUUGCCCAAUGGUUUUUCGCCCCUGCAUCAUACGGCGCGCUUAGUCUCCUAUGGGCAGGGGUUUCUCCAGACACUGUUGACUUCAAUGGAAAGUAUAUUAUCCCAUGGGCUCGAAUGGGAAAGACGCGACCUGAAGCUGCAGACCCUCAGCUUGGUGAACGACUCUGGAAGUUCUUGGAGAGUGAAACGAAGGAAUGAGAGAAGCUUUCUCUGUCGAUACUUUACCGAACCUUUGCUAUACGGUUAUACCUUUGCAGCCUAACGUGAAGGCAGUCUCAGCAGGUUUAGGAUAGUAAUUAUUUAGAUGGAUGUACCUACUCUACACAAGUCAACUGAGGGAUACAGUUAACGUUGGAAACCU